AUGGAGUCUGUAGUAACGGGAUCGAGCAGUCUCAAGACUAUGGAAACUCUUUAUCCUAUAACACAUGGCCGUCAAACAGAAAUUGCAGAGUCGGACCUUAAUAAGAUCUUCACAACCACGGCUGCUUCAUUGUCCCUAACCGGAACACUUGUGAUCUUCAUUACUUUCAUAAUGUGGCCUGAUUUAAGAACGAACUCACGCAAAAUGAUCGUGUUCAUAUCAAUCGGUGAUUUCUUCGUUGCUCUCUUUAACAUUAUCGGUAUUUAUAACCCGCCUGUGGACAAUUCGAUGUGCAAAAUCCAGCCAGUCGUUACAAAUGUGGCGGUUCUGUCAUCGUUCUUGUGGACUUUGAAUUUGUCGUUUUACUUUUACCUAACUAUCUGCCGAAAAAUCUCCGUCGAAUAUGAAAGGCGAAUUAUGCAGUUACUUCACCUCGUAGGGUGGGUAAUUCCUAUCUUGAUCGCGUUUAUCGCCUUCACUGCGGGCGCAUAUGGAUUUUCCAAAAAUGUAGGCACUUCUGGAUGGUGCUGGAUUUCGGGCAAUCAAGAAUGGUGGAAAGUUGUCAUGUGGAUGUUUAUUACAGGAAAAGGCUGGGAGAUAAUAUCUUAUAUUUGCAUCAUUUAUUUUUAUUUGUUGGUCAUACUGCAGAUCAGACGAGAGGUAUGUUCGAGACUGAUACACCUUUUCCGGUUUCACUCUUCUUAACUGAUCUGUAAUUCACAAAGAGAAACAAAAGAAAUUUGUACCCCGUGAAAGGGAGUUUGGAUCAUGGAUACAUUAAAAAUUUGACAAAUGCUUUAGUUUCUCCUCCUUUUGGCGAAAAAAUCCCUUAUCAAACACCGGUUCAUUACUGCGCAUGAUUUCACGCGUGAUUAGCGCACGCUCGUAAAACAUGGAGGCCUUUGGCCUUUGCCUUGAGGCUAAAGCUUCCCAGAGAGGUAAAUCUUCAUUUUCUCUUAAACAAGUAUGGUGAACUAUCUAUAUGAUUAUCUUUCCCUCCCUCUUUUCUUUUAAAAUGAUCAGUGAUGUUUUUUCUCUUGAAUAAAAAUAGACUAAUUCUCAGUGCAGAAAACUAAACAAUUGUCGGAUGCGUGUUCAAAGCAUGCACUCGUAAACAUAAUCUUAUUGGUAUUUUAAGGAAUUAUUUCGUAUAUACAGGAUGCUUGUUGCCCCUAAAUGAGAAUGGGGACCCCCAUUUUAUUUCAAAAUUUAAACUUGUAUUACAUAAACAACCAAUCGGCAAUGUUAGACAAAAAUCUCACUGCAGGUUCUAUUUUGGAGGAAUGACCUUAGUUAAGAGUGUGCCGUUAACUCCACAGUGACCUCACAAGACUCAGCUCUCUCUCAACAGAUUGUCAUCUUUGAAAGUGUGCUUUGUACAGGUUUUGUGUUCGUGUCUUAGUGGUAACUUGCAUUAAAUGUAGACAUGGAUUCUGUGAAUAGUAGCUGAUUAAGACUGAGGGAGGUACUUAUUAUUACCAUAUUAUACAUUUCUCUUAGUACCGUUAUCACUGUUAAGGGGCAGGAGUACUAAACAGGUUUUUGUUAGAAGAAGCUCCACAAACCACCCUUUUUAUUAGAGCUUUUAUCUCUUACCUUAAUGUUUAUUUUUUUUAUUUUUUACCUCGUGACCUUUAGGUGAGACUAGGAUUCAUUCCAGGUGGCGAUUUUCUCACACCGAAGGCUCUCGAAGUAAUAAAAAGAGCAGAACGCAAAUUGACCUUCAUUCCCAUGGUAUUCAUUUUCCUGCGUAUCUGGGGAACCAUACGAUUUUUUCGUUUCUUGUAUUAUCACCCUGAAGACCCACCAGCAAUAGAGGUUCUUGUUUUCCUUCAUGUAAGUAGAAUCAUUACAUACACUAUGAAAGUUGGUUUUAUGGCCAUAUUUGGGAGCAAAGUUUUAUACUUUUUAACAAAACUCAUCGAUGGAACAGGGACAAGAUAGUCUCCCACGCAGCCGUUUUUGUCUCGUCACGCAAGUGCGUACAAUGUCUGUCGGUCUUGUCUCGUCCUCUCCGCUCUUGUUUGGUCGAGCUUUGCGUGACAAGUAGCCUAGCCUGCGUAGCAAGCGUUUCCGAGAGUCAAAGACCGCGCGAGAAAUGGGGCGAGUAGAAGAGCGGGGAAGGGGUGGGGAAGAAAGGAAGGAAACGUUUGCAGACAAACCCCUAGCCUGCAAAUACAGCCGUUUCUCCUUGCUCCUUGCUGCUUGGGACGUUUUGCCAGGAGGAACGUCUGCGCCUCAGCGACAAAAAUGCCAUAUUAAUUCAAAAAAUUAAGAGAAAAGAUUGAAAAAAUUCUCUUGACUUUAGAUUCUUUGAAUAAAUUUAUGGAGAUCAAUGUUCAAAUUUGCAUUGUACAGUUCACCCUUUCAUUCCGAAACCGCUGAGUUAUCGUGGGAGGGUUUGAUUCUUUUAACAAAAUCCUAUGUUCCUAUCCGAAUAAAACGUCUUUUCCAGGACCUUUUUAUGGUACUAUUAUUCUCUUUCUGACUGAGAAUUCAGUAUGAAAAGAAAUGUACAAUUUUUUGUGAAUUUUCUGCGGUUGAUUCUCGGACGUCAUUACGCAGGGAAACCGUUGGUGCUGUCGCAAAAUGUCGGCUGUUUCUUUUCUGCAGUUUGUCCACUAUAAGGGAUGGAAAGGUUGAGGAUGCAGAACUCCAUGAUAUAUAAUUAUUUUAUGUUACUUCUUUUCAGGGCAUCGGGGACAGCAGUCAAGGCUUUGCCAAUUUUGUUCUGUUUUGCUUACUCACUGAUCACGUCAGAAAAAAAUUCAGACUUUGUUGUGUGCGGUUUACACCAUGGUAUCACUAUCUGGAGAAGGAUCCACUGUUUGAGAGCACAAACUUUCCACUGAAUGAAACAACGGACUUUAGUUCAAACUCUUAUGGAGCGGGCGAUAUCCUGUCUGUUUAUUCAAUGGAUGACUGACUGUUUAUUUGCAGACUUUCUUAAAGUAAAUAGCAUCCGUUAUCGUAGUUGCUAGCAACUAUGGUUUGAGACUCUGGUUGUUACCAGUUACAUGGGCAAACCGGUUGGUCCACGGUUUGGGUAAAUGGUAUAAGCAAAAUUCAGGACUGGCAUCUGAUUAUUUCGUCACAAAAUCGCGAUUACCACUGAUCUGCACAAAUCAGUUCUAUUUACCGAAAAACAGCCGCGAAAGCGUAAAACUGGUAUCAAAGAUGGCUUUGAAGAAUCCGUUUGGAACAUUCCGACCAGGAAACCAAGACUGCCUUUUCAGAUGGUCCGUCGCUCCCGAAAAUUUUCCACUGAAAGGCCCGAAAAGUUCUGUUCCAUUGUUCCUUCCAACCAGAUUUUCCCGGAAACUUUUGCAAAUGGUAAAAAACCUCUAAGUCCAGUUAUGUUAGCGGGUGACAUUUACUGAUCUGUAGAUAAAAUUUGACAUAGACCAAUUUAUUUUCAUCUUUGUGAUCUUUUUCAUUCGCAAGACUAAAUAGACAAACAGGACUUAAGUUAGUAGAAGAGCCUCUGGCUCUUGGUUAGUAAUAUCGUAAAAGGUAACCUGAGAAAAGAGACGACAUUUCGGGACGCCACCAGUGGUUUCCCCUCAAAAUGACGUCUCAGAGAACAGUGCAGAAAUUCCGGCAUACUGAUGACGCGUCACUACCCAGAUCUGGAUACUGUUUCUGAUUGUUCGUGCUGCGUGUUGAAAUUUGCGUCAAAUCAAAUCUUCAAAGGCUGCAAUGUUAAUGAAACUGGCAGGGCUUUAGCGAUUCAUUAUUAACUAAAUGCUUUCAAAGUUUUUUUAAAACUUGUUAUUUUUGCACUUUUUCAUCAUAUUAUGAUUAGCCUUUAAUUCAUCUUCUUAUACAGUCAUUGUGCUCACCAUCUGUUUAAUCAUUGGCUAAGAGCCUACAGUUAAUUUUGGAAAUUAGCGCGACCUACAAAGUUAUAGCUAUCUGCUAACAUUAACUAACUAAUUUAUAGGUAGCAUGUGUAAUGCAUGAUAAAACAAUAUAUCUUGGUCCCAGAUGAUAACACUUACCUCGAUCUUGAUUAUUCCAGAUAUCAUAAAAACUGCCUCACCCAUUAAUUAGUAACAACCAUUUAAG